GGGUCAGGGAGGGCACCGGAACUGCGCGACCCGACAGCCUGGGAAACGGGUAGCCGUGUCAGAGGGUCGAGUGCCCGUGGGGAGGACGCCGGGGACAGAGCUGCGGCUUCCUUCCACGCCCCGCCGGGCCCGCCGCGGCGCACGGAGACCGCUCAGGAUUCGUCCCGGCGGGAACUCCCCGCCCUAGAACUUUGGUCUCGUCCCACCUACCCCCGCCCGCCCCAUGGUCUCGCCCUACGGAGCCAUCGAUAACUCUACGCUCGGUCUCGGCCUCGAUCGACUCGCUCCGGCUCCCCUAGCCGUCCUGGAUACGGUGGAGUGCGGAGCCGCCCGUAAGCUCUAGAGCCCGUGCAGGCCACACCAUGAACACCUCCCCAGGCACGGUGGGCAGCGACCCAGUCAUCCUGGCCACUGCAGGCUACGACCACACCGUGCGGUUCUGGCAGGCCCACAGCGGCAUCUGCACCCGGACUGUCCAGCACCAAGACUCUCAGGUGAAUGCCUUGGAGAUCACACCAGACCGCAGCAUGAUUGCUGCUGCAGGUUACCAGCACAUCCGCAUGUACGAUCUCAACUCCAAUAACCCCAACCCCAUCAUCAGCUAUGACGGUGUCAACAAGAACAUCGCAUCUGUGGGCUUCCACGAAGACGGCCGCUGGAUGUACACGGGCGGCGAGGACUGCACAGCCAGGAUCUGGGACCUCAGGUCCCGGAACCUGCAGUGCCAGCGGAUCUUCCAGGUGAACGCGCCCAUUAACUGUGUGUGCCUGCACCCCAACCAGGCAGAGCUCAUCGUGGGCGACCAGAGCGGGGCCAUCCACAUCUGGGACUUGAAAACAGACCACAACGAGCAGCUCAUCCCUGAGCCUGAAGUCUCCAUCACGUCUGCCCACAUCGACCCUGAUGCCAGCUACAUGGCAGCCGUCAAUAGCACUGGAAACUGCUAUGUCUGGAAUCUGACGGGGGGCAUUGGUGACGAGGUGACCCAGCUCAUCCCCAAGACCAAGAUCCCUGCCCACACUCGCUACGCCCUGCAGUGCCGCUUCAGCCCCGAUUCCACGCUCCUCGCCACCUGCUCAGCUGAUCAAACGUGCAAGAUCUGGAGGACGUCCAACUUCUCCCUGAUGACCGAGCUGAGCAUCAAGAGCGGCAACCCCGGGGAGUCCUCGCGAGGCUGGAUGUGGGGCUGUGCCUUCUCGGGGGACUCCCAAUACAUCGUCACUGCUUCUUCAGACAACCUAGCCCGGCUCUGGUGUGUGGAGACUGGAGAGAUCAAGAGAGAAUAUGGCGGCCACCAGAAGGCUGUCGUCUGCCUGGCCUUCAACGACAGUGUGCUGGGCUAGCCUGUGCCCCCUCGGGUCUGCCUGGUGCAGGUGGUGGCAACUUGAGGGACCCAUGCAACACCCAGGUCACAGUACGGCCUAUGGCCGGCCUGUGCCAGCUGGACCUGACGGCCCCCCGUGGCUCCAGCUGCCGGGCCAGGCCACCCUAGGCCUCUCAGCCCCCAGUUGCUUAUCCGGAUGUGACAGCUCAGGGUGACGCAAGCCCGGGUGCCCACUCCUAGACUGGGCUAGCCUGCACUCCCUAGGAAAGUCGGCCCAGUGCUUGAAGCUGCGGAGGCACCUGAGGCUGGUGCCCACUCCCAACUCUGCCCCUCCCUGACCGAGUUUCAGGACCUCAGGCCACAGAGAACACCACGGCCAGGUGGAAGGGUUUAUUCGUCCCCGCCGGCAGCUGUCCUCCCUGGUGCGGGCGAUCUGGCCAGCCCGCUGGACUGGGGACUGGGGCUGGGCUUGGCCAGGUCGGGGGCUCAGUCUGGGAGGUAAUAAAAGCAGACUGAUACACA